AUGCAGCUAUCGUGCUUGCCGACUCCAGUCGACUGCCGCGCCGGCAGCUGCGUCAAAGCACAGGUCGCAGAUGCUAACUGGAAGCUGCAACAAUGGCGAGGGGACAUCAGCAGAGACUACUUUGAGGAGGAGAUCGUGCCACAAUCCCCCCGGACCAUCCUUCCCCUGGCCAGGAUCGCGGCAAGGGGCCACGGCUUCCUGUCCGGUGCAGAGUUGGCCGGCUUUGACGCUGCGCAGGACGGCGCGCGGAAGGCCGGUGAAGCAAAGACUAUGGCGGUGGAUGUUGCGCCCAUACCAGGAUAUGAUCCCUCGUCGAUUGCCGGCUGGAGUCUGCAUCCGCCGUCUUCGGACCAGGCCGAGGCAGAGCCGGCUGCCUCGGACAGCGCCUUCCAGACUGCCGUGGUGGAGCCCGACCUCAUCUUUGAUUCUGUCUUUCCAGAGGAACCCUUGCCUGGACGCCCACAGCACCGAAUGGUGCCAAAGGAUGUGGCUGCUGCGGGGAAGGUGCACGCGGGCGUGCAGACUCGGCCAGAGGAGCUCGAGAUCCGCGAAAGCAGCAACCAGCGCUUUGCGCGUGAAGCAGUUGCCAGGAUUGGGCUGGUGCCGCUGACCAUUUGUGAUGCUGCCGCGUGCCCGGAAUUCAGACUGCAACGAUGCCAUGUG